AUGGUCUUUGUUUGGUCUCAUGUUUUGUUAGUACCAUUUCUUUUCAUUUAUUCUCUAUUCUCUUUAACAUUUACUACAUGUUUUCCUUUAGUUCAGCCAAAGUGUCAUGAAUAUGAAAGCCAUGCCUUGUUGCAAUUUAAGCAAGACUUUGACAUCAAUAAGUCUGCAUCUGUGUAUCCUCUCAGUUAUCCUAAAACAACAUCUUGGAAUUCCAGCACAGAUUGCUGCUCAUGGGAUGGUAUUGCAUGUGAUGAGCACACAAAUCAAGUGAUUCAUAUUGAUCUUAGAAGCAGUCAACUCAAUGGAAGAAUGAAUGCAAAUAGCAGUCUCUUUCACCUUGUACAUCUUCAAGUUCUUGAUCUUUCUGACAAUGACUUCAAUUACUCUCAAAUUCCGUCGAAAAUAGGUAAGCUUUCACAACUUAGAUAUCUAAACCUUUCAAAAAGCAUAUUUUCUGGAGAAAUUCCACCGCAAGUUUCACGAUUGUCUAAAUUGUUGUAUUUUGAUGUACGUGUCAAUUCGAUAUCAAGUCCUAAAGGUAGUAUAGUCAAUCGGUUGCACCUCAAAUUGUCUAGUCUCCGAAGCAUAAUUCAAAACUCAACCAAACUUGAAAGGCUUCUGCUAAGUUAUGUGACUAUAUCAUCUACUUUACCUGAUAUACUCACAAAUCUAACUUCGUUGCACGAAUUACGUCUUUACAAUUCUGACUUGUAUGGUGAAUUUCCAAUUGGAGUAUUUCAUCUUCCAAACUUGAAACUUCUGGAUUUGAGAGAAAAUCCAAAUCUCAAUGGUAGGUUGCCUGAGUUUCUGUCUAGUUCACUCACCAAGUUACGACUUGAUGAGACAGGUUUCUAUGGUACAUUGCCAUUAUCCAUUGGAAAGCUUACUUCUUUAAAUAUCCUAUCAAUAUCACAUUGCCAUUUUUCUGGAUAUAUUCCACCUUCACUUGGAAACCUCACACAACUCCAACAUAUAAGUCUUGAAUACAACAAUUUUAGGGGCGACCCUUCGGAAUCCUUAGCAAAGCUUACCAAACUAAGCCACUUGUAUGUUGGUUUCAAUGAAUUUACUAUUGAGACCAUCUCAUGGAUAGGUAAGCUCUCAUCAAUAGUUGUCUUGGAUAUAUCCUCAGUCAAUAUUAGCAGUGACAUCCCAUUAUCUUUUGUAAAUCUCACCCAGCUAGAAGUAUUAAGUGCAAAAAAUAGCAAUAUAAAGGGUGAAUUUCCAUCUUGGAUAAUGAACCUAACAAAUUUAGUUAACUUGGCCGUACCGUCUAACUUUUUACAUGGAAAGCUAGACCUUGGCAUGUUUCUAAAGUUCAAACAGCUAGAUUUUCUUAAUUUAUCAUUCAACAAAUUGUCAUUGUCCAGUGGGAAAAGUUCUUCAAAUGUGACUGAUUCUAAAAUCCAAGUUUUACAAUUGGCUUCAUGCAACUUAGUUGAGAUUCCAACAUUUAUAAGAGAUUUCAAUGAUCUGGAAUGUCUUGUGUUGUCACACAAUAGUAUAAUGUCGCUACCUAAUUGGUUGUGGAGAAAAACAAGUCUACAAAUCCUAACUGUUUCUAACAGUUCAUUGACAGGAGAAAUAUCCUCAUGCAUAUGCAAUCUCAAAUCACUUGUGCAUCUUGAUUUAUCGUUCAACCAUUUAAGCGGCAAUGUUCCCUCAUGUAUGGGGAACUUUAGCCAAUCUUUAGAAAAUAUUAUACUAAAAGGGAACAAAUUGUCUGGCCUUAUUCCUCAAACAUACAUGAUAGGAAAUUCCCUUAAAAUGAUUGAUCUCAACAACAACAAUAUGCAGGGUCAGUUGCCAAGGGAAUUAGUCAACAACAAAAGGCUAGAGUACUUUGAUGUUAGUCAUAACAAUAUCAAUGAUUCAUUUCCAUAUUGGCUAGGAGAUUUACCCGAGCUGAAGGUGUUGGCUUUAAGAAACAAUGAAUUUCAUGGAGAGAUUAAGUGCUAUGACAACAUGACAUGCAACUUUUCCAAGCUUCACAUUAUUGACCUUUCUUACAAUGAGUUCUCUGGCAAUUUUCCAACAGAAAUGAUCCAAAGUUGGAAAGUAAUGAAAACUUCCAACACAAGUCAAUUACAAUACGCGCAAAAUUUAAAUUACUUGAGGUCCUACAAGCCAGGAGAAUAUUGGGCAACAGGACAGAAUUUCUAUUCAUUUACAAUGUCAAACAAAGGGUUGGUCAUGGUUUAUGAGAAGCUUCAAGAGUUUUACUUCAUGAUAGCCAUUGAUAUGUCAAACAACAAAAUUAAUGGUGAGAUACCAAAUGUCAUAGGAGACUUGAAGGGUCUUAUUUUGCUCAACUUGUCAAAUAACAACCUUAUUGGUAGCAUUCCAUCUUCCAUAAGUAAGCUUUCAAAGCUUGAAGCACUAGACCUUUCUCUCAACAAACUUUAUGGAAAGAUUCCCCAACAGUUGACACAACUCACCUUUUUGGAGUUCCUUAAUUUGUCCUUCAACAAUCUCUCAGGUCCUAUACCUCAGAAUGAACAAUUUUCUACAUUCCAAGGUAAUUCAUUUGAAGGUAACCAAGGCCUAUGUGGGAAUCAAUUGUUGAAGAAUUGUAUGGAUCACACGUGGCCUUCGUUUUCUACACCUUCUGUCUCUGAUGGUGACCAUGACUCUGAAUCUUUCUUUGAAUUAUACUGGAAAGUAGUUCUAAUUGGAUAUGUAGGUGGUCUUGUUGCUGGCGUGGCAUUGGGAAACACUUUCUAUGCACAUGUACUUGGAUGGCUUAAAAGUGUUUUUUUGAGUUGA